CAAAAUGAAAACAAGGAAGUGAAAACGCAUUCAUUUCAGAUUUUCAGGAAUAAAAGUUCCGUUAGCUUCUUUCUGUUUGGGCCUCGUUAUUGGUAGAAGAACCGUAGUUAUUAGACAGGAAAGCUUACACGGAAAUGGGAAUGGAAAACGUACGAAAGCGUAGAGGUGACGAUUUACACAGCAGGCCAKCUGGUGUUUUGAAGGAAAAUGUACCACAGAGGAGAGGGCAACCUUUCCACUUUGACCUGUGGCUSUGCCUGACAGUGCAGAACUGGAUACUUGACUUUGGGAGGCCGAUUGUCAUGAUCAUCCUUCCUCUGGAGUGGUUUCCUCUAAACAAGCCCAGUGCUGGAGACUAUUUCCACAUGGCCUACAAUGUCAUCACACCGUUUUUAAUGCUCAAGCUGAUCGAGCGCAGUCCGAGGCCCGUGUCCCACACAGCUGUUUACCUCUGCGUCAUUACUUUUGUCAUGGGCGCCAGCAUCCACCUGGUGGGAGACUCCAUCAACCACCGGCUCAUCCUGAGUGGCUACCAGCUGCACCUGUCAGUCAGAGAAAACCCCAUCAUCAAAGACCUGAAACCAGCUUCACUGAUUGACUCCUUCGAGCUGCUGUAUUAUUAUGAUGAGCACCUGGGACACUCACUGUGGUACAUUCCCUUCUUCAUCAUUCUGUUCAUCUACUUCAGUGGCUGCUUCUCAAAUUCUGAGCAGAAGAAAAUUCCAGUUUCAGGUUGGCUGUUGWUGGGACCCAGCUCGCUCUACUACUGGUACUUGGUCACAGAGGGACAAAUCAUCCAACUCUUCCUCCUUACUUUCCUUGCCAUGGUUAUCAUGGUGAUGUUUCAGCACCGGAGAGGCAUCAGCGCAGACAGCAAUGGCCGCUUUCUUUUCUACAGUUUCAGUGUUACAGCGCUGCUGGUGACUCUGUGGGUGGCCUAUCUGUGGAAUGACCCGGUUCUCCGCAGCAAGUACCCCGGCCUCCUUUAUGUUCCAGAGCCCUGGUCCUAUUACACUCUACAUAUCAGAAAGAGCCACUGAUGACAUGCUCAAGUUCUGAAGUUACUGAGUUUAAUUAWUUUUUUUGAUGAACUGGUUGAUAUCUACAUUUUACAUUUUUUUAUAGAUUUGUUCAGUAUUGUGCUUAAAACUUGUGUUGUUUUAUUUUCUUUAUAAUUUCCAGUGUUACUAAAGUUUUAACCACAGCUGUUAUUUACUUCYUGUAAGCCUUCAAAGUAAAACAGACUCCCUCAGUUUCUGCUUUCAAAAUAACAGUGGCCUUGACUGGUGCUGGUCCAAAGACUCAAAUGAAUUUAAGCUAAUCAAACUGAGGGCAGAUUUUUUGCGUUAACAAAAGUUUAAUACUAUCUUGAUUCAUUGAGGUCACAAAAGUCAAAAGCAGCUUGUUUAAAGAUACAGUAUGUAACAAUAUUUCAAAUGCAGGCAGUGUUCAAAAGAGUUUUCUUUUACACUCAUUGUUAAACACAAUGAAUAUGUGAGAAGUUUAUUGAUUACGUAAAAAAUGUAUUCAUGCCUCAAAGGAUCCAAUCAUUUAGCCGCUACAUGCUCUGCAUGUAUUUAACGAGUCAGAGGACAAACAGACUGUAGAUAGCUUAAAAAGAUGAUUACCCAAUAAAUCAAUUCAUACGUCUAAAAAACUUUAAACAUAAUGAUUAUCACUUCUGCUGAAGACAGAAACAGAUUGGGAAUUUGUUUCCGCACAAAAAAGCAAAUAAAGAAAUGAAGGGAUUGAUAGUUAACUAGAUCAAAGAAGAAAUAAGGUCUAACACCUUGAUCUGGUUCAGAUUUGCAGAUUAAGAAUGAUUCAAAAGUUUAACAAUUAAGAACUGACAAACAAGAUUUUUUUGUCCGUUUCUGAAGUACAUUCAUCAACRAAAAGAAAUGCAUCAAAACAAACUUUUAGAAUAGGGGAAUUAACAGCCAAAGCCUUUAACUUUUUCUAAAGAAUUGUUUGUGUUUUUGUAAAAUUACCCAAAUUGUAUUCAGAUAAAGGUUUUAAAGCUGGAACCUGUUCUGGCUUCUAAAGAAGUUUAUUGAUUGUUAGAAGAAAGGUUUGUGCUGAAGGAAAACAAUAUUCUUUCAAUUGUUUGAGUCUUUUUCAGGUUUAUUAUCAAGGAAAGUAUAAAAUUGUUUGCAUACUUGCCACUUUGUAUUUCUUUUUACUACAGCUGCAAGAUAAAAGUCUGACCUCAGUAUUUACUGUGUUAUUUUCACACAAUUAGAAGCUUUUUAUAACAGCUAACUCUAAAAUAGUACAAAGAAGCACAAACUUUGUCUUUGUAAACUUUAAAUCUGUUUGAGCGCAGAACAAAUAAAAUAUAUAUUUGAAAACGUUUUACAGCUUGUCUCUUGUCACUGAGAAAAUAAUUUUGAAAUAUUAAAACACAAUUUCAACUCUGCUCAGCUUUAUUUUUGUAACAUACAUUACCAUCUUCUACACAAUAAAGUUUCAAAUCAUUUA